AUGGGUUCCUCCGCUGCGGGAAAAAACGUAGGAGAUUCGGCGGCGUCGUACUGUGCCGUGAUGUUGUUGGGCAUGAUACUGUUGGGAUCAGUAAGGGAAAGCGCGGUGGCGGGAGAAGGUGAGGCUAUAAAAGGGAACAACCUCCGUCAACGACCGUGCGAUGAAAUUUACGUUGUGGGAGAAGGGGAGACCCUGCACACAAUCAGCGACAAGUGCAAUGACCCGUUUAUCGUGGAACGGAACCCGCAUAUCCAUGACCCGGAUGAUGUUUACCCUGGCCUUGUCAUCAAAAUCACUCCCACCCGUCAAUACUAA